GACUGGGCUAAUGGCAGCAGGCAUCGUGAGCCGAAGCUAACCUCGUGAAAACAGCAAAUGCAACCCCACGUUUGCUGGUUAUUAAACUUUACUAGUUGGACAAUGUCGGUGUUAGUGGAGGGCACACACGGGUGGCAUUUGGACGCGUGCUCGUUUAUCGACCAGGCUUACGUGCGCUGUUUUAGAAGGCAAGGGGAGCUGAAAUCAGAAAUGGAGGGACGCUUUAAUAGCAAGUACUUCCAGAUUUUAAAGAGCCAUGGGACUGGGAUUAAUAAUAACGAUAAUAAUGGACAUUCAGAUAAGCGGGACGCCUCGCAAACGCUAGAAAGACCACCAAAGAAGCGGAAGAGAAAGAAGCACAGUGAACUCAACCAGGGAGAGAUCGAGUCCAAGGCCUUUCACGAGAAGGUCCGACGCGUCAUUCUGGAGGGCACCGAGUCCCUGGUGGAGUCUGCCAAGCUUCUGGGCUACCUGCAUGGAGGGAGGGAUGCGGUGAAGGACCCCCUUCCCUGUCAGGAGUGCAACCUGGCCAGCUUGUGCGACAUGGCCAAAGAGCUCCCUUUGGUGGACGACGGGGAGCAGGAGAACUGUGUUCAGCUACUUGACUGUGACGGCAGUGGCGGCAAGUCCCAUCUGGACCUGUUCGCCCGCGUGACGGAGAACCCGGCAGAUGAGGCGGCCGUGACGAUGCUGAUGGGGGAGGAAUACGUCAUCCCUCCGCGCGCGGCGUUCCUGCUCUCGGAUUUCUCCCGGAUGCAGCCUCUCCUCCGAUAUGGACACGAGUUUGACGUCAUCGUCAUGGAUCCCCCGUGGGAAAACAAGUCUGUGAAGAGGAGUCACAGAUACACUUCUUUGCCUUCAUCUCAGCUAAAAAGACUCCCCAUAUCCCACUUGGCAUCCGCUGGCAGUCUGGUGGUCACCUGGGUGACCAACCGGCCCAGCCACCUGCGCUUCGUUCGUGACGAGCUGUACCCGCACUGGGGCGUGGAGGCCGUGGCCCAAUGGUUCUGGGUUAAGGUUACCACAGACGGUCAGUUCGUGUUUCCGCUGGAUUCUCCGCACAAGAAGCCGUACGAGGUGCUGGUCCUGGGCCGAUACCGCACAGACUCCCAGGCGAGCCCCUCAGAGCGGUGCGGGGGUGUCCCCCCUGUUCCUGAUCAGCGGCUAAUUGUCAGCGUCCCCUCGGCUCUCCACUCCCACAAACCCUCACUCGCAGAGGUGUUGAAGCCGUACAUCAAAGCGGACGGCAAGUGCCUGGAGCUGUUUGCCCGAAGCCUGCAACCGGGUUGGACCAGCUGGGGCAACGAGGUGCUCCGAUUUCAGCACGGCAGCUAUUUCGCGCUGACUCCCUCUGGGCGACACGCACGACCGCCUUCCUCCAGCCAAUUUGAAGAUGGUGAUUCAUCUGGAGCGCUUACAUAUUUUGACAAGGGACUUGUUUUGCUCGCUUUUGCACAACAGAACACAAAUGAGAACUACGGUGGCCCUACUGCGUUAAAAAGGAUGAUGUCACCGUGGUCAACUUCACGGCGCCAGAGGAAGAUGAAGCACCACUGCCCCCCGCCCACAGGCCUCCACCCGCUUCCCUGCAGCUCGCCUUUUAGCAUGAGACGAGGCCUCCCCACAUCCCGCUUCGGGGGCGCGGGGGUGGACACCCGGCUGUUUGACGUACGUGACAUCGAUGGCGGGGACACCGCACCCCGCUGCUCUGAUCUGGCGCCGUCGGGCCGCCUCCCUCCCGCCAACUCGCAAAGGUCAGCGCGGUUAUGUUUACUCGGGAUUAUUCAACAAACAUGGCCGUCGGAUGGAUGCUUUGGAUUGACACUUACUGAUUGGUGUUUCUAAUAUUUUGGUAGCUGGUAGACCGAUGGCUCAUCUUGCCGAUAAUUUCCUUUACAAACUUUUGCAUUCUUCUUUGGGGAUGCUUUUCCAGGCUUUCUCCACAGCCGCUUGCAGCUUUUGUUUGUUUUUUUCAGAAGGCAGGGAAGUUAUAUUUCCUUCUGUCUCUUCUUUAGCAAGGAAAAUUCAUACUCUGUAGGGUUUAAGUCCUUCCACUUGCUGCCUCUGAUGAAAUGCAGCGCGGUUAUGGCACGGUCCGUUGCAUUGCGUUCUUUUGUGUCGCGGUCCGUUAUGUCGUGAUACCUUGCCUUGUGGUGCGUGGCAGUAUUUUGGGAUACAUGACAUCGCGGUAUGUUGCCGGCACGUUAUGUUAUGUUGCUGUAUGUUACAUUGCAGUGCAUUGCACUGAAGUACAGGUCUUGGACUUGGGUAAAUCCGAACAGAUGCUACGGCACAGAGGUCCCACCCCUGAACUGCUCACCUUGUCGUGCACUUGAAGGAGGUAAACAUACCUGCGAGGAGAACGUCGACGCCAUCUGCUUGGUGCGUUGCAGCCUUGUCGCCGUGAUCCUCCUUGAAGGGAAGGUUUCCUCGGUCAAGUCCUAACUGUUCUCUAUGCCUGCUUUGGGCUGAUGUUUAUAGGCAUUAUCAAAAUGAUCUAAAUUCUAACGACACGAUUAAAAAUGUAGCCUGUUCUUUAUCUUUUACUUCUUUGUUACCCACCUUCUAUAUAAAAGCUUCUGGAGGUGCAUCUCAAUGAACUAAAAUACUACAGAACACUACACAAAACUAGGAGAUGACAUAAAAACCUUAAGAAAAAGGAAAAAAAAAUCUCUAGAAGGGUGCUGAAUGGUCUCUUUAUUGCCGGUGAUCGAAUGAAUUUGUUAAACACUAUACACAAUGAAUUAUUAAUGCAUGAAAUCAUGAUGCACUAGCUGUUUAACGUUUUACAUUAUUUAUUUAUUUUUUGGU